UAUCAAAAAACAAAAACAAAGAUAUUCAUGGUCGAAUAAUCAUUUAUAAAUUGUCUCAUGAAUCAUAAUACACGCUUGACAGUGACAAAAAUCAAACAAAAAAAACUAAUGGCGAGUGGGCGUGUCUAAUAUCCACGCCGCCAGGCUGCUAGCAGUCGGAGCCGAUGGCCUCAUGACAGGAGCCGGCAGGCAGCGGUGGUGAGUGGGCCGACAUGAUCCACGGACACGCUGGGAGACCGCUUCUGCUUGCCCUCACCUGUGUGUUUCUCUCCGGAGCCUCGCCAUGGUCACACCGCCAGGAGGAUGCCCGCUACGGUGACAGUGAGCAGUGCUCUGACAACAACAUCUCCACCACUCAGUACUCCUGUGUCAAGUCCAGUGGGGAAGUUGCUACAUGUUACAGAAAGCAGUGCUGCCAGGGCUUCAAGUUUGUGCUGGGCCAGUGUAUUCCUGAAGAUUAUGACGUGUGUGCUGGCGCCCCCUGUGAGCAGCAGUGUACCGAUCAUUUCGGCCGAGUGGUGUGCACCUGUUACCCCGGCUACCGAUAUCACCGCGAGAGGCACAGGAACCAUGAGAAGCCUUAUUGCCUGGACAUCGACGAAUGCGUCGAGACAAACAAAACGGCCUGUUCUCAAAUCUGCGUCAACGCGGUGGGGAGCUUUAGGUGCGAGUGUGAGACGGGCUACUUCCUGGAAGAAGACGGGCGAACAUGCACCAAGGGGGAGAGAGCACUGCAUAUUUUGGACCAGUCCGACAACGUGAUGAACGCGGGGACCUGCUCGGCCACGUGCGACGAUUUCCAGCAGAUCAAGACGACCGUGCUGCAGCUCAAACAGAAGAUGCUGUCAAGCAGUGGUGAUGCUCUUGAGCAAAGGACUAAUGACAAAAUUCCAGGGUCCACUACAGUUUUUUUGACAGGAUCCCCGGGCCUUCCCGGUCCAACAGGCACUCCAGGACCUGAAGGACCAGGGGGUCCUAAAGGACAAUCGGGGCCCCCAGGCCCUCCUGGACCAAGGGGCUUGAUGGGUCCCAUGGGGCCCACACCAGACUUGUCCCUCAUCAAACGAGGCCCUCGCGGAGCUGUGGGGCCUCCUGGAGCACCGGGAAAAGACGGACGCAAGGGUGACCGAGGAGCUCCCGGGCUUGUUGGACCUCCAGGCCCUCCAGGCUCCUUUGACUUCCUGCUCCUGCUCAUGGCCGACAUCCGCAACGACAUCGCCGACCUUCAGGGUAAAGUUUAUGGCCACGCCCUCCUCUACCCGGGGGAGGAGCCUCCUGCCGUCUGGAGGGAUGGUCAGGACGCAGGCUCGGGCGAGGACUUCAAAGAACCGCCGCCUCCGCAUUCCAGAAAGAACCGGAAGAGGAAACCUCCGCGAAGAGACUGGAAUGAUUGAGGGGAGUGAAUUUUUAAAUACUGAAUGCGAGGUGUAAAUAUUGACCUGUUAUUAUUGUUAUUUAACUAUUUUUGAUCAGCCAAAACCAUCCCAGAUGUUUAUUUUUCUAUAAUAUGCAUAUUUAAAAAUACAUAACUAUACUUUAUAUACAUACAGCACAUUAAAAGAAAAACAGGAA